AUGUUAACGUCCGGCUUCACCAACGCUCCAGUGUCCAGGUUCCUGGUCUUCUACAUUGUCGCCGCGUCCUUCUUGGCCAGCAUCACAGACUCGAAAUAUCUCAUCCACAUCCAUGUUGUCCCGCAUCUGUGGGUGUACCGCCAGUUCUGGCGAUUACUGUCAUGGCAGGCAUGCUACACAAACUCUACCGAGGUCCUCUUCGCCGCGAUGACACUAUACCAUCUCCGGGUGAUUGAGCGGCUUUGGGGAUCUAGGAAAUUCGCCUCCUUUCUCCUCUCAACAGCACCUUACACAACCCUCCUCCCGCCCCUUCUCCUCGCACUCGUCCUCCGGCCCCUAACCUUCGGCCACCUAAACCAUCUCCCGGCCGGUCCCACACCCAUCGUCUUCGCGCUCCUAGCCCAGUUCCACGCCGCCAUCCCCUCGAUCUACAGAUACCGCAUCGCGCUCGCCGGCCCCUCAACACCCCGCACCACAGCCAGAGCAGGAGAAGGCGGUCCCAGCACCGACGGCAUAAGCGCCAUUACGCUUACCAGCAAGUCGCUGAACUACCUCCUCCCGCUGCAGCUGGCGAUGAGCCAGCUCCCCGGCUCAGCCAUUAGCGCGGCGAUCGGCUGGGCGAUCGGGCAUGCGUACCGGAAUGACCUCCUGCCUGGAGCGAGCGCGUGGAGGGUGCCUGGGUGGGUUGUUGGGGAGAGGAAAGAGGAGAGGGGGAGGUUUGAGGGAUUGAGAAGACGGCUGGAAGGUGAAGCGGGACAGGCAUCGGGGACAGAAAGUAGGAGGGGAAGCGCAGUUGAAGGCAGGAGGAGAACGCUAGGAGCGGCUUUUGUGGAGCAGUUUAGAGGUGGCGAGUAA